AUGGCCUCGUACUCCGCCAUCGGCCCAGAGCCUACAGAGGCAGAUUCCAUGACGUCGAGCACCGGAUCGCUGGGGGGCAGACGGAAAGGAAGGGGUAAACAAGACGCUGGAUUCCACGGCGAGGCAACAUGGAUAUCGAGUGUGAUCAACCUGGCCAACACCAUUCUUGGUGCUGGUCUUCUCGCCAUGCCCUCUGCGCUCUCCAAGAUGGGCGUCUUCCUCGGCAUCUUCGUCAUCGCAUGGGCUGGUACAACAGCAGGCUUCGGUCUCUACCUACAGACGCGCUGCGCACGAUACAUUGAUCGCGGACAUGUUUCCUUUGCGACCCUGUCCCAGAUGACAUAUCCGAAUGCAUCCAUCAUCUUUGACGCGGCCAUCGCCAUCAAGUGCUUCGGUGUGGCAGUCAGCUAUCUGAUCAUCAUAGGAGAUUUGAUGCCGGGAGUGGUUCGUGGAUUUGCGCCGGGUGCUGCAGAGAUUGGUUUUCUGGUUGACCGGCAGUUCUGGAUCACAGCAUUCAUGCUCAUCGUCAUACCCCUAUCUUUCCUCCGCCGUCUAGACUCGCUCAAGUAUACCAGCGUCAUCGCCCUCUUCUCAAUAGCCUAUCUAGUAGUCCUCGUGGUGGCACACUUUAUCAAAGGCGAUACUAUUGCAGACCGAGGCACUGUUCGCGUAUUCCAGUGGGCAGGCCCGGUCAAUGCACUCGCCGCCUUUCCCGUUAUUGUCUUCGCCUACACAUGUCACCAGAACAUGUUCUCCAUCCUCAACGAACUCGCCGAUAACUCUCACUUCCAGACGACGACUGUCAUCUUUGCCUCGAUUGGGGGCGCGUGUGGAUUGUACAUAUUGACUGGCAUUACAGGUUACCUUUCCUAUGGCGACAAUAUUCACGGAAAUAUCGUCUCCAUGUACCCAACCGCAGUCGCCAGUACUAUCGGCCGCCUUGCUAUCGUCAUUCUGGUCAUGUUCUCGUACCCACUGCAGAUCCAUCCUUGCCGCGCCAGCCUCGAUGCAUGCAUGAAGUGGCGUCCCGGUGGUGUACGAAAACCAGUCGAAGGCAGUCCUUCUAGGAACAGUCUCAUGACCAACACACCUAAGCCACGCUCCCCGAAGAGCGCCGAGAUGAGCGAUCUCAAGUUCGCAAUCAUAUCGACCAUCUUGAUCAUCAUGUCAUUCAUCACCGCCAUGACCGUCUCCAGUCUCGAAAAGGUACUCGCGUACGUUGGAUCCACCGGGUCAACAACGAUAUCCUUCAUCUUACCGGGACUAUUCUACUACAAGAUAUCUGACCCCGAGUCAACCCACCAUCAGCGACUUGUCAAGAACGAGGACGAUGAGAGUGAGUAUCAGAGUGGAGAAGUCGAAGGCUAUGUGACCAGCGAGGGUCAUAUGAACCGUGACUGGCGGAGGGGAUUACUGAGAAACAUGGCGCUUGCGUUGAGCAUUUACGGUGUCGUCGUCAUGGUCGUCUGUUUGAUUACGAACACCUUUUUGGUAGCGGCUGCGCAUUAG